AUGUUGGUUCAACCUAAUUUUAACUUUCUCCACAGCUCAGUAGUGGUCGAUCAUCUAUUGGAAAGCUUUGAAGCCUCGGCUAGUGUCGGAGUUUCGUACAUUUAUUUUGACUAUAAACAGAGGGACCGCCAAAAGCCUGUUCAUACCCUUUCGAGCAUUAUUAAACAGCUAGCGGGUCGACUACCCGAACUUCCCAGUCCUCUGAAGGACCUAUACGAGAGGUAUAGGUCAAAAGGAGUACCGCAAUUUCACGAACUGCGUUCCUCAUUAUUGGCGUUGGCAAAGCUAUUCACCCGUUCGUUUAUAGUUUUGGAUGCCCUGGAUGAAUGUGAUCAGAAGGAGCAAAGGGAGGCGUUACUUCCUUUGUUUCACCAAUUGAGUAUCAAUGGUAUCAAGGUCUUGGUGACAAGUCGGCCACAUCCAAUCGACAUUAAGGAUUCAUUUAGGGAUGUGCCCUGUAUCAAUUACAUAGCGCAAGAUGAAGAUAUCAAAGCAUACAUCAAAACCAGAAUCGACAUGAUCCCUCAGGCGAAGACUCUGAUCAGGGGUAACAAGAUCGAAGAUCAACUUUUUUCAGAUCUUAUCAACGCUGCGAAUGGAGUAGCCAGGAUAUUAUUCGUUAGUCUCAAUGUCGACUUUCUUUGUCAGCAGCCGACUAGACACGAUGUACUAGCGGAGCUCAUGAAGAUUCAAACCUCGGGAGAUCAAGAAACAAGAAUGGAUAGGACCUACGACAGAAUAAUGACGAGCAUCCGCGCUCAGAACCCCCGAUCUGUUGAACUUGGCAUCAAGAUUCUCACAUGGCUCGUGGCAGCCCGUCGUGUUCUCACGCUCCGGGAGCUCCAAACCGCAGUUGCAAUCAAGCUGGGCCACAACGAAUUUGACGAAGACCGUAUGCCUCCUCCAGCAAUCAUACUUGACAUAUGUUGUGGCCUUGCCAUGAUAGACGAGAUGAGCAAGGAAAUUCGUUUGACACAUUUCACUGUACACCAGUAUUUGCUCAAGGUGGGAAUAGUUGCCGAUGAUAUGCAUCAAAUAAUUGCUCGGGCAUGUUUGACUUUUCUUUCCUUCGAUAUUCCUGAGAUCGAGUUGGAAGUGAUAGGUGGUAAAACUAUUCUGAUACUGAGCUACUUCUCCUAUCUGCAACGCAUUGAGCGUUAUCCCCUACUAGAAUAUAUUGCUCAUAGUCUAUCGUACCACGUCACCUUCGAUGAGACAAAGACCCUCUCAUAUGUCCGCGAGUUUCUCUCUGAAACUAAACGCGCCACUCUAUACCUCCAGAUGCUCAAUGUUCUUCGUACGAAUAGUAGGAAGGUUAUGGGGCGUUCGAUAGGCUGGAUAGGCCUUUCCCGAAUUCAAAUAGCAGCAAUGGUGGGGCACCGUGCGAUGGUAGAGGAGAUACUCCUCAAGGACUCAACAUCUGUCGAAUUCAAAGACCACGAUGGACACACGCUGUUGCAUAUAGCAGCCGAGUGCGGACACGAAGCUGUCGCACCGGGGAAGAAAUCGCUUGUUCGCAUCCUCUGCGAGCAUAACGCCGAAAUAGCUUACUGGGGAAGAGACUGUGCCUCACUUUUGUAUGGCUUAUAUUUCCGCGACAAAGAUAUUUUACGUAUUUUGAUUGAGUAUGGGGCAAACUCUAAGGAUGGCAAUGACUCCUAUGUGCUUUACAAUGCGGUUGUUAGCGGGGAUAAAGAGAUUGUCGGGUACUUUCUUGAUAUAGGUGUCGAUAUUAACUCGCACGACCGUGAGGGAAUUACCUCGCUGCAUUUUGCAGCAAAAAGACCUGGGGCGAAUGGAAAGUUCGCCAGCUACCUGAUCGAGAAGGGGGCAAAUAUAGAAGCCUUGGACAAUAACAACCGCACUCCUUUACAUAUAGCCGCGUCUAAGGGUAAUAGACAUGUUGUACAGGUUCUGGUCGAUGCUGGUGCAAACAUUAAUCACCGGGACAAGGGCGGUAUCACACCGCUACACGAGGCCGUAGUUUCCGGUGCCGGUGCGGAAUCCGUUGUGGAAUACCUGCUGUCGAAGGGAUGCGAAAUUGAUUCCCAAGACUCCGAUGGGCGGACGGCAUUGCAUAGGGUAACGCCUCUCGCACAGUUAACUUCGUCCAGAACUAUUUUGACAUUACUUGUCGAACGUGGCACCAAUCUUAAGUUAAGUGACAAUGAUGGUGAUACACCGCUCCUUUGGGCUGCAAAGGCUUCUUGCUUUCCUGCUGUAGAAAUCUUACUCCUGCAUGGCGCGGACCACAACGCUCAAAACAACUUACUACAUACAUCACUUCAUUGGGCGGCUGGACAUGAUGAUGAAGCGAUGAUUGGCAUGUUAUUAAGCCACGGCGCCAGCCAUCGAGCUCUGGACUACCAGCAAUUCACUCCGCUUCACUGGGCAGCAUUUUCUGGUAGCGAGGCUGCUGCAAAGGUGUUACUAGAAGCAGGUGCUGAUGUUACCUCUGGACAGAUUCAGAGACAGUCACCUCUCGAUGUGGUCGAGGCGGUGUUGAAUGAACUUCUACGCUGCCAGGACCCGCCCCGCGGCAAAAGCAAAAGUUUCUUGAAAUCAGAGAACUCCAACAUAGCCUCCGAAUCAAUAUCUACAUCCCUGUGGGAAAGUAGACACGUGCCCGGGCUGCAGAAGACUCAUUAUCUCAGGGGACACUCUCUUGACAGGUCGAAACUUGAGCGAACUAGGGAUCUCUUCAUAGCAGCGAAGGAGCGCCAAUUACCCACCACCGCUCGGAGCCCACUACCCAGUGCCGUGAGGGCAAUCACACAGAACGUCGAAGAGGCAGGAUAA